CCAUUAUGGGAGGGAUGGAUCGGCAGCGGAGGGUAUCCCUGGCUCUUACCUUGAACUUCCUUGCGCUGAUUCUAGCCGUGUCUGCGUUGACAACCAGCUACUGGUGCGAGGGGACACGGAAAGUUGCAAAACCUUUCUGUACCGGACCGGUCACCACGAAACAGUCGUUCUGUAUCAGGUUCAACAGCUCGAACAUCAACGACAGCAGACUGGUCCAGUACAUCUGGGAGUCCGGCGAGGACAAGUACAUUAUGAGGAAGUUCCACACCGGGAUCUGGUUUUCGUGCGAGGAGAACGUCAAUAUGACAGGUGAAAUCUGCAGAAGUUUCAUUUAUGUCACACCCUCACAUGAAAGAGGAGUGCUGUGGCUGUGUAUCGUGUCAGAAUGUCUGUAUAUUCUCCUCCUGGCCACCGGAGGCAUCCUCAUGUCCAUAGAGGCGUGUCACUUAGGAAACGUCAUCGACGGCCUCAAACUCAACGCCUUCGCUGCCAUAUUCACUGUCCUGUCAGGUCUACUCGGCAUGGUGGCCCACAUGAUGUUCACUACAGCCUUCCAGCUGACAGUCAGUGUGGGGCCAGAGGACUGGAAGCCUCAGACAUGGGACUACAGCUGGUCAUACAUCCUGGCAUGGAGCUCGUUCACAGCUUGCAUGGCCUCCUCAGUAACCAUCAUCAACCGCUACACCAAGACCAUCCUGGAAUUCAAACACAAGCGCAGAAACAUCGAGAAGAACCUGAAGAUCAAGCAGAAGCUUCUGGAGCUGGACUCUGGACCAGGGGUUGGGGUGGGACACGUUGGACAUGUGGAACAGGUGUGGGACAUGUACAUCAGCUCAGUACCCAGCUCAGGCUGCACAGCAGAGGAAUUGCUGGACUUGUCCAGUAAUGGAAGGAAGCUGUCCAAUGCUUCAGUGUUUCUGGACCUGAAUGACCUGCCGGAUCCACAAAGAGAGGAGUACUGCUGAGGAGGGAACUAUAGGAGACUGAUCAAGGCACGCACAAGUACGCAUAGACACACAAACAAAAACACAUACACACAAAUGACUGCCACCCAAUUUACAAACCAAAUAGCAACUGUGACUUCGUGUUAGAGGAAAUCCAACUCCAAGUUUCCCUGAUGUUCCAAGCUGAGGUAGAGAUGGGUUGAGGAUGAGAGAAAUGGAUAGCAGAGGAUGCAGUAAUAAAUGGUAGAAAUGGAAAGGCAGAGAGGAGAAAUGGAUAGAGGAGAGAUGGAUAAAGGAUGAUU